AUGAUUGUUGAUCCACGUGAUAUUAAACUUCCAGCAUAUAUAGCAGUGUCCCUUGGUCUUAUUGCGUUUAUUCUUGCAUGUAUUGGUAUAGGUACACCUUCAUGGCAAAUUACUUACAGGGAUGCACCAAACAAUACAUCACCAUCGACGACCACAAAUUUCUACUAUGUAUGUUAUACAUCCAAUUCAUCAUGUACAAGUAAUACAUAUACAGCUGAUUCGUAUAUUCAUUUGAGACAAGCUUCUGGAUUAGCUAUUGUUGGUAUUCUGUUUUUGUUUGCUGGUACUUUUGGAACACUUUUAGUUGGACUACGUUCAUCUGAUGUUACGUUGAGUGUUAAAGGUUCGCGUCGUCAUGAUUUACAUAUUUUUUUAGGUCCAUUAUGUUUAUUUAUUGGAACAAUUACAAUGUUAGCUGCAUUAUCCGAGGGUUCGCAAACAAUUAUGUAUAAUGGUUAUUCAGCCAAUUUAUAUCAAGCAGCUCAUGUUUUCGCAAUAUUUGCGUUAGUUGGCAGUGCUCAUGCAUCAGGCAGACGCACAUUAUCAGUUGAAGUUUCUCCCGAACUAUUAUCAUCCGCAUGA